GGCCUUUUAGGCACCAAAACAGCUUUGCUGACUCUUUUUCACAGUGAUUCAUUUUGCAUCCAAUUUCUGAACUUCUUACUAUAAAUACCUCAGCUUCUUUAUUCCUUCUCCCACAAACUUAAAACAUUGUGUAAAUUUCACUCAAUAUUUCCUUCUGUUCCUGUUUUCUCAACAUAAACUUCCAGACUCAUUAUCUCUUCCUUGUUUUUAAUGGCCAGUAAUGGUUGUAUAUUGACUAUUUCAUUUCUAGCAUUUUCCUUCUUUGUUGCCUUGGCAUCUGACCAGAAUCCGAUUCAAGAUUUUUGUGUAGCAGAUAAUGGAACUACAGUGUUACUAAAUGGACUGACCUGCAAGGAUCCAAAGCAAGUUGUAGCUGAUGAUUUUUCCUUCGGUGGACUUCACAUUGCAGCAAACACAUCUAAUGCACUGGGAUGUCAAGUGACUCCAGUUACUCCAUCAGAAAUGCCAGGACUCAACACGCUCGGCAUCUCCAUCGUUAGAAUAGACUAUGCACCCCGAGGCAUCAACCCUCUGCACACGCACCCUCGAGCUUCUGAGAUAUUGAUUGUCUUGGAAGGCAGUCUAGAAGUCGGAUUCAUCACAUCAUUUCCUGAAAAUAGGCAUAUAGGGAAAGUGUUGCAGAAGGGCGACGCAUUUGUCUUUCCUGUUGGUCUUGUUCACUAUCAGAGAAAUCCAGGUCCUACCAAUGCAGUUGCUAUUGCUGCUCUCAGCAGCCAAAACCCAGGAGUUAUAAUAGUUGCAAAUGCAGUAUUUGGGUCUACUCCAAAUAUUUCCAGUGACAUUCUAGAGAAAUCUUUUCAAAUCAAUAAACAAGUUAUUGGUUACCUUCAAACUAAGUUCUAGAUUAGAUAUCUAAAAAUCAGAAAUGACAGAAGAGUUGAUACAUGAAAUUGUUCUAGAAGAAUCUUUUACAUCCGCUUGUUUGUCAUACACAGUACAUGCAAUGAAUUUUUUUUAUCAUUAGCAGUUCAA